AUGUUCAAAGACGACGACGAUGAGGAGGAUAACACCUUCGGUGUCACGCGCUAUCCGUGCAUGCCGUCGCUGGUUGCGCUUCAGCAGAUGAGGAACAGGCUCCAUCUGGCGAACCUGGGCAAGAAGCUGAUGAAAUGGACGGCGCUGGCCACCGGUACCGAGUUGAGACACAUUGCUGGGCAGCUGGAUAAUGUAUACAAGAGUUUUAGCGAGGACAUGCGCAAUGCAUACAUCCUAUUGGCCAGGUGUCGCUACUUUUACCCGAAUCUUAACAAGAUGGUUGUUGAAGGAUGCCCUAGUGUGAACAAAACCCACCCCUAUGAACAUCUGGGUAUUGAGAAGGGUGGGCAAACCAUUCAGGAUGCGAAGAAGGCUUGGUUGGACCUGCUAAAGAGGAUAAUAUUGAUGGUGGAGCUUCGUACCAAUUUCAGAUUGGUUGAAACAAUGCAUAAAACAGCUAACAAG